CAAGGAGGAGGCAAGGCACUCUCAAACAAUGGAGUGAUUCAUCUAAAUUUUUGGGCCGAGUACGCUAAUUAAUUUGCCAGGCAGUCGAUGAUAAGCGAGUUUACGAUAAGUCGGUUAGUCCGAAGUAAGUUGUUUAGAGGUGAACAUCUACUGAGAGGGAAGAUGAAAGUCUCCCGAAGUCACACGAUACCGCUGCUAUGGAGCAUCCUAUUUCCGGCCGUUGGGAUCGGGAUUUAUUUCCUGGUGUACUGGAAUUGGUCAACGCUACCGGAAGGUAUUCGAAUAGCAGACGAGCCGACUGAUAGUCCGGUAUUCGUAGCGGAACGUGCUCACGAAUACUUGCGAACGCUGACAAGCCAAGGACCACGAGUUGUGGGAAGCAACGCCAAUGAAGUGUUCGCCGUCGAUUUUCUGGUGAACACCGUCAAUAGUAUUAUUCAGGAAGCACACGCUUCCAAUUUAAUAACUGUGGACGUUCAGGAGGCAUCCGGGAGUUACUUCCUGGACUACAAAGACUAUCCGAUCACAAGUUACUACCGAGGAGUGCAGAAUGUCGUGAUCACAUUGCGGAAGCGAGAUGACAGACAAUUCAGUGGGCGAUACCUGCUACUCAACGCACAUUUUGAUAGUGCCGUCACUAGUCCCGGGGCAGGUGAUGACGGAACAAUGACCGUAGUCUUACUGGAAGUCCUACGUCAAAUGGCACAGCACAACUUGGGACUUCAACACGGAGUCAUUUUUCUCCUGAACGGAUGUGAAGAGAACACAAUGCAGGGAGCACAUGGCUUCGUAACCGGUCAUCCUUUGGCGGCAAAUGUCUCCGCAUUUAUAAACUUGGAUGUCGCCGCCAAUGGAGGCCGAGAGAUCAUGUUCCAAUCGGCACCUGAGUUUCCCUUUCUAAUGGAGAACUACGAGAAAUUCGUGAAGCGACCUUACGCGAACGCGCUUGCCGAAGAGGUAUUCCAACUAGGGUUGGUCCCAUCGUUCACCGACUACGAAACCUUGUCCAAUGUGGGCAAGUGGCCUGGAAUGGACAUUGCGUUGGCAUCGUACGGUUAUCUGUACCACACGGCUUACGAUGCCUUUGAAACGAUCUCUCAGGACACGCUACAGCACAUCGGUGAUAAUCUACUACCGCUAGUCAUGGGCCUAGCCAGAAGCCACGAAUUGUUCAACAUUGAACAGUUCCGAGGCAGUCCGGCGACGUUCUUCGACUUCAUGCACUUGUUCAAGAUAUACUACAACGAGAGCAUCACCUAUGUGAUCAAUCUGUUAGUGGCCGUUGUCGGGCUGGGACUUAUUGCUGGCACGAUCGUUAUGAUGAUUCGAAUGGAAGGCGCCAAGCUGACGAAGAUCCUGUUCGAGUCCGGCAUCACGUUGAUCAUUCAAACACUGUCCAUUGUGGUCGGAGCUGGAGUGUGUGUGGCGAUCGCAGCAGUAGCGGAUGCGGCUAAUCGGUCAAUGUCCUGGUUCUCGACAACUUGGCUACUGUUUGGACUGUAUUUCGUACCGUUCGUAGCUUGUCUGGUUCUGGGACCAUGGAUGUAUUUACGUUUCCGAAAAUUGGAAUACCUUCAUAACCAGGGACGCAUUCUACUGUUCCUCCAUGCGCAAUGUUUCAUCUAUAUUGCACUUUUAGUAACGUUGACGGUCGGGAAAGUUAGAUCGGCAUACCUCUUUCUUUUCCCUGUUAUCUUCCACUCCCUGACAACCAUUCUGAACAUGAUAGUUAAGUUCAAGCUACACAUCUGGGUCUACAUCCAGCUGAUCGGACAAAUUAUUCCAGUGUUCUACUUCUGUUCGCUGACUGUGACUGUUUUCGCCGUAUUCAUCCCCAUGACAGGUCGCGGGGAUGCCUCAACCAACCCGGACCUCAUGAUGGCUCUCUUCAGCGUUCUGUUGACCCUUCUACUAGUCGGGCUGUCUGUACCGCUGAUGGUUCUACUACGCAAGAUACGCUAUUUCUACAUUUUACUUGGAGCAAUCUUUCUGGUGACUGUUAUUCUGAUAAUCACUCCAAUUGGAUUUCCCUUCCGGGAAGGAACGUCCCCUCAAAGAUAUUACAUAUUCCACCAACAACGGAACUUCUACCAUCAAAACGGAUCAAUUCGACGUUCCCAUGACAACUACUUCCUGUACCCGCAAGAUCGUCACACCCCGCACUAUUUGUUCAACGAAGUUCCCGUCUGGCGCGAACGAGCUCAACCCAUAGAAGCCGAAUGCGACGAGGAACUGUACUGCGGUUUUCCUCUCUACAUCAACCGCUAUCAUCGGCAGCGUCAAAACAGCUACUGGAUGACUAGCCUUUCCCAGCCCAUCUUCCCCGAUCCGGUGAACCUAAGGCUACUCGAAAAACAAGACCUAUCCCCGACCGUCCGCCGCUUCCGAUUCUCCAUAGAAGGACCCACCCUAAUGGGAUUCUACGUAUCGCCCCUACCUGGCCAUAGCCUCAAGGCGUGGACCUUCAGCGAGCAAAUCCCACCAAGCGGCACUCCUUGGAACGGACAAUCCGUGCACUACGUCAACUACGUCCAGGCCAAGUCUCGCAGCGCACACGAGUUCUAUUUCGACAUCGAAGCACCCACGACACUAACCGAAGAACCAGUGGUACUUCUCUCCAUCCACGCCAACUACAUGUACCACGAACAGUACCGAACGGAAGAGUUCCAAGACCUACUCCGGCAAAUGCCAUCCUUUGCUCACACCGUUGCCUAUCCGAACUAUUUGGAAAAUAGGGAAUUCUAACACUGAAUAAAACUCAUUUUGUUUUUAACCUAAAACUGCGCCGUUUUAAU